UAUCUGAACUUCUUGAUGAAUUUAUAUUUAGUAGGUUAAUUGUUACUGUAUAAAACAUUUCACUUAAAGCUAUGAGUAUCUUGACUGAAUCUACUAUCAAACAAAUUACAAGUCUUGCAGGCAACGACAAGUGUUUUGAAUGUUUUUCUUAUAAUCCCCAAUGGGCCUCUGUAAAUAAUGGGAUUCUCAUUUGCCUAAAUUGUUCAGGAAUACAUAGAAGUUUUGGUGUACACAUAAGUUUUGUGCAAUCACUAACGAUGGACUUUUGGAGCGAAAAAUACUUGAAUAUGAUGAUGUCCGGCGGAAAUCAAAAGUUUUUAGACUUUUUACUUCAGCAUGAAGAGUAUUCCCCUGAAAUGACUAUUAAAGAGAAAUAUCAUACAAGAGCCGCUCAUCUUUGGAGGGAUAAAUUAAGUGUUGAAUCGAAGGGGGAAGUCUGGAACGAAAGUUUGUCUCCUGCUAUGAAUGUUCCGCUCUUUGUCCAUCAGAAAGUUCAGAAAAAUAGCGACUCCAAUUUUUUUAACAACAGGAUUGAAGGAUUUGGAUCGUUAAGAGAAGAAUGGAAUAAUAGAAUUUUUCCGGAAGCUUCCUCUUCUUUUACUAGAGGAUGGAACAUUUUAUCGAGCGCUGCGGUAAGGUUUGCCUCUGUUGCAGGAGAGAAGAUCUCCCAAACGUCUCAAGAGCUCAACGACAACGUUCUUGUGCCCACGACUCAGAGGAUAAGAGAAAGCACGCUUGGUUGCCAGUGAUGUAAACAGAAGUAUAAAAACAACGCUUGACCGUAUCAGCUCUUCAGAACCUGUAAGGGUUGCAAGAGGGAAAGCUUCAGAGUACUGGCAUUCGUUAGCUGGCACGAACGAUGCACACCAAGCACGGGAGGAAGACCCUGAAAACCAAUAAGUUAAAAAGGAAUGCUGAGAUGAACACUUUUAUUAGCACCACGGGGGCGGGCGGUUGUAUAGCAGAUUUAUUUGCUGCUCAUGUUUUGCUUAUUCCAUUCAAAAUCUUU